AUGGCCGUGGGACUGAGGAGGUGUGGCCAUGCUGGGGAUCAGCGAAUGUACCAGGCCCACCCUACAGGCGCCUGCUGCAUGGCCUCAGGGUUCCUGCCCAGGGCAAAGCUGGCCGGCUUCCUGUGCCUCUUCGCCUGUGCCUCUGGCUGGUCCUGGAGCGCCCUCUGGUGGCCAGCAGCGAUCCUGGCUACCAGCCUCCAUCCGGCGACCUCUGAGAAGGUAGGCUCUGAAGUCAUCCUGAUUUUACACAUGGAGAAACAGAGACCCAGAGUGGUGAAGGAGCCUGAGGAGGAAGCAGGAGUCCAGCCCAGGACUGCGGGCUGCAGAAGUCAUGAGCUGCCCCUCAAGCACCCAGGCACCUGUCCCACACCUGGAACUUCCUGGGACAUCAUUGACUGCCUAGGCGCCAGAUGCGGCAGGGAGGAGGAGGGCAGCAAGGAGCAGGCAGCUCCACCACUCUGCACCCAGCAGCCACACGUCACGCACCGAGGAGACAGCAGGCAGGGUGGCGCCAUUUGCCUGGAGCUUGGCACCUGCCCAAAUGCCCCUGGGUCCCUGGGAUGGCUGCCAGGGGCUCAGUCCCGCCUCAAAUGUCUUGCAGCAAGGAAAGGUGGUCUGGGCCACGAGAAACACGGGGAGCCCCUGUGGCCUGUGCCCACCUGCCAUGGCCAGUCCCCUCCAGUUCCUGCCAUGAAGAGUGGGGCUGAGGGGCUUGGCCUCCGCAGAGAAUCUGCCGUGCAGACCGUCCAGGGCCCCUGUCCUGGCAGCCCGCCAUUCACUGAAGAUGGAUGGGGGCAGGGCCUGUGCCGGGGUGAGGUCGACUUUGGAGAGUCUGGGAAGAAGAGAGGCAAGUUCGUGAAGGUGCCAAGCAGUGUGGCCCCCUCUGUGCUCUUUGACCUGCUGCUCACCGAGUGGCAUCUGCCGACCCCCAACCUGGUGGUGUCCCUAGUGGGCGAGGAGCGUCCUUUCGCCAUGAAGUCCUGGCUGAGGGACGUCCUGCGGAAGGGGCUGGUAAAGGCGGCUCAGAGCACAGGUGCCUGGAUCCUGACCAGUGCCCUCCGCGUGGGCCUGGCCCGGCAUGUCGGGCAGGCGGUACGUGACCACUCACUAGCCAGCACAUCCACCAAGGUCCGCGUGGUGGCCAUCGGCAUUGCCUCGCUGGGCCGCGUCCUGCAUGGGCAACUUCUGGACACCGUUCAGGAGGACAGCACUGUCCACUACCCUGCAGACGAUGGCGGGAGCCAGGGCCCCCUCUGCCCCUUGGACUGCAAUCUCUCCCACUUCAUCCUGGUGGAGCCAGGCCCCCCUGGGAGGGAGGACGGGCUGGCAGAGCUGCGACUGAGCCUGGAGAAGCAUAUCUCACAGCAGAGGACUAGCUAUGGGGGUACCAGCAGCAUCGAAAUCCCCGUUCUUUGUCUGUUGGUUAACGGUGACCCCAGCAUCCUGGAGAGGAUUUCCAGGGCCGUGGAGCACGCCACCCCAUGGCUGAUCCUGGCAGGCUCAGGGGGCAUUGCUGAUGUGCUUGCGGCCCUGGUAAACCAGCCACACCUGCUGGUGCCACAGGUGGUAGAGCAGCAGUUUAGAGAGAAGUUCCCUGGCGAGCACUUCUCCUGGGAAGCCAUCGGGCACUGGACCAAGCUGUUACAGGACAUUACCUUGUACCCCCACCUGCUCACCGUGCACAGCUUCGAGCGGGAGGGCUCCGAGGGCCUGGACACAGUCAUCCUCAAGGCGCUGGUGAAAGCCUGCAAGAGCCACAGUCAAGAGGCCCAGGACUACCUGGACGAGCUCAAGCUGGCUGUGGCCUGGGACCGCGUGGACAUUGCGAAGAGCGAGAUCUUCAGUGGGGAUGUGGAGUGGAAGUCCUGUGACCUGGAGGAGGUGAUGAUGGACGCCCUGGUGAGCAAUAAGCCAGAGUUCGUGCGCCUCUUUGUGGACAGUGGAGCCGACAUGGCUGAAUUCCUGACCUAUGGGCGGCUGCAGCAGCUCUACCGCUCCGUGUCCCCCAAGAGCCUGCUUUUCGACCUGCUGCAACGCAAGCACGAGGAGGGCCGGCUGACGCUAGCUGGCCUGGGCACGCAGCAGGCCCGGGAGCCACCCGCUGGGCCUCCCGCCUUCUCACUGCAAGAGGUCUCCCGUGUGCUCAAGGACUUCCUGCACGACGCCUGCCGUGGCCUCUACCAGGACAGCCGGGUGGCUGGCCGGAGGAUGGCGGAGAGGGGGCCCGCCAAGCGACCCCCAGGCCAGAAAUGGCUGCUGGACCUCACACAGAAGAGCGAGGACCCCUGGAGAGACCUAUUCCUGUGGGCCGUGCUGCAGAACCGCUACGAGAUGGCCACUUACUUCUGGGCCAUGGGCCAGGAAGGUGUAGCUGCCGCUCUGGCCGCCUGCAAAAUCAUCAAGGAAAUGUCCCGCCUCGAGACGGAGGCUGAGGUGGCCCGCACCAUGAGAGAGGCCAAGUACGAGCAGCUGGCCCUGGACCUCUUCUCCGAGUGCUACAGCAACAGUGAAGACCGAGCCUUUGCCCUGCUGGUGCGCCGGAACCGUAGCUGGAGCAGGACCACCUGCCUGCACCUGGCCACCGAGGCCGAUACCAAGGCCUUCUUUGCCCACGACGGCGUCCAGGCCUUCCUGACCAAGAUCUGGUGGGGGAACAUGGUGACAGGUACAUCCAUCUUGUGGCUGCUGGGGGCCUUCACCUGCCCCGCCCUCAUCUACACUAACCUCAUCACCUUCAGUGAGGACACCCCGGUGAAGUCAGGCCUGGAGGACCUGCAGGAGCUGGACAGCCUGGAUGCAGAGAGGAGCCUGCUGUGCAGCCCGGGUGGCCAGGUGCAGAGGCCCAGUGCCCAUGGCAACGCAGGCCCGCGAGCUGCCUUUCUGCUCACGCGCUGGCAGAAGUUCUGGGGUGCGCCCGUGACUGUGUUCCUGGGGAAUGUGGUCAUGUACUUCGCCUUCCUCUUCCUGUUCACCUACGUCCUGCUAGUGGACUUCAGGCCGCCUCCCCAAGGGCCAUCAGGGCCUGAAGUCAUCCUCUACUUCUGGGUCUUCACGCUGGUGCUGGAGGAAAUCCGACAGGGCUUUUUCACAGAUGAGGACACAAACCUGGUGAAGAAGUUCACUCUGUAUGUGGAGGACAACUGGAACAAGUGUGACAUGGUGGCCAUCUUCCUGUUCAUCAUCGGUGUCACUUGCAGGGUGCUGCCCUCAGUGUUUGAGGCAGGCCGCACGGUGCUCGCCAUUGACUUCAUGGUGUUCACACUUCGGCUCAUCCACAUCUUUGCCAUCCACAAGCAACUGGGCCCCAAGAUCAUCAUUGUGGAGCGGAUGAUGAAGGACGUCUUCUUCUUCCUCUUCUUCCUGAGUGUGUGGCUCGUGGCCUAUGGUGUGACCACCCAGGCACUGCUGCACCCCCAGGACGGCCGUCUCGAGUGGAUCUUCCGCCGUGUGCUCUAUCGGCCAUACCUGCAGAUCUUUGGGCAGAUCCCGCUGGAUGAGAUCGACGAAGCCCGCGUGAACUGCUCCAUCCACCCCCUGCUGCAAGAGGACUCGCCCUCCUGCCCCAACCUCUACGCCAACUGGCUGGUCAUCCUUCUGCUGGUCACCUUCCUGCUGGUCACCAACGUGCUGCUCAUGAAUCUGCUUAUCGCCAUGUUCAGCUACACGUUUCAGGUCGUGCAGGGCAAUGCUGACAUGUUCUGGAAGUUCCAGCGCUAUCACCUCAUCGUGGAGUACCACGGGCGCCCUGCCCUGGCCCCGCCCUUCAUCCUCCUCAGUCACCUGAGCCUGGUGCUCAAGCGUGUCUUCAGGAAGGCCGCCCAGCACAAGCGGGAGCACCUGGAGAGAGACCUGCCUGACCCUCUGGACCAGAAGAUCGUCACCUGGGAGACAGUUCAAAAGGAGAACUUCCUGAGCAACGAGGAGAGGAGGAGGAGGGACAGUGAGGGGGAGGUGCUGCGGAAAACUGCCCACAGAGUGGACUUGGUUGCCAACUAUCUUGGGGGUCUGAGAGAGCAAGAAAAGCGCCUCAAGUGUCUGGAAUCACAGGUCAACUACUGCAUGCUGCUCCUGUCUUCCAUGGCGGACACGACAGCUCCGGGCGGCACAAACUGGACAGGCCCUCAGAGCUGCAGUGGUGGGAGUACACAGGCCCCUGCUGGCCACGCAGGGGACCCUGGCAACAGGGAGAACCCAGAGGCCAGCCUGCUACCUUCAGACAACUGAUGCCACAGGCCCACCUGUCCUGGAGCCCCAG